CUCUGGCGCCAAAGCUGGAGAGUGCCGCGCGUGCGCAGUGAGGGCCAACAGUGCGCGGGAAACAUAAAAUGGCGGCGGCGACAACAGUGUAACAUCUACAAACUGUCAAUACCGGAGACAGAGAGUAACAGAAUCUGAGUGCAAGAUGGAGGACAUUGAGUCCCGAUUCACACACCUUCUGCAACCAAUCCGAGAGCUGACCAAGAACUGGGAGAUCGAUGUGGCAGCUCAGUUGGGGGAGUAUCUGGAAGAGUUGGAUCAGAUUUGCAUUUCUUUUGAUGAUGGUAAAACAACGAUGAACUUUGCAGAAGCUGCAUUGCUGAUUCAGGGAUCGGCCUGUAUCUACAGUAAGAAGGUGGAGUACCUGUAUUCGCUGGUGUAUCAGGCGCUGGAUUUCAUCUCCAAUAAGAAGCGCCGCCAGCAGCCGGCGUCCAUCGGAGCCGAAGGUCUGGACACCGACGUGUCAGUAGCCGAUGCCAAUAGAGAGGGAGGGUUCUUGUCUCUGGACGACAUUCAGCUCCCAACAAGGAACACCAUUGACCUGAGGACUGAUCACACUCCCAAUAUGGUUAAUGUUAUUCCUCUGACACCAAUGGCCCUGGUUCCCCCGAACGAUGUGGAGAAGAAGAACAAUCCACUGCUCAGCCAUCGAGGUGAGGUGCUCGCCAGCAGGAAGGAUUUCAGGAUGAACACGUGCACACCACACACUACAGGAGCUUUCCUACUGGAGCUGACUGGCCUUUCCCCAAUGUCCUAUCUACACAGCAGAGCGUUAGAGAACACGCACCUUGCCACAGCCGUACAGGGAGACUAUCCUCAGGAGGUACAUAUGGAGACCAGAGGCUGCGAGGUGGCCAUCCCACCGCUCGACCUGUCCAACCAAGGCAGUCCUGAGGGAGGGGCUGGGUUCCUGCCACUGGCUGAGGGAGAGGAGGCGGAGCAGUCUCCAGAGAGGGUCAUGUCUCACAAGGCUGCCCAGAGCGAGCAACGUGGGUAUACUCUGCGAGAGACGGCACCAGGAUCCGGCCUCAGACAGGAAAAGGAAGUGCUGGAUCCCUGGAGAAGUCUGGAUCCUUUUGAAGCCACUGAGAACAAAGUGUUGAGGAAAGGUAAGCACUAUGUGAUCCCUGCUCGUGUCCCUCACACGGGAAACAAGCGGAAGCGGAAAUGUUCAGUGACAUUGCUGGAGUUUGGCAAGUGGUUCUCCCGGGCCCAUUAUGGUGGAGCCGAUUUUGUGAAGCUGAAGAGAACAGGUCUCAGCCAUGCAGAUCUGGAGGUUCUGCACUGGAAACACAUGAAGGAGAGAGCAGCAGCUCAGAGAAUCUUCCGCAAACGAAUGUCUGUGCUGUGUGGGUGGGUGAUUGACGAGCUGGAGAAUAACCAAGAGAAUGCUGAGGAAGCGAUACACCAUGAGCAGCAGCGAGAUGAUGACGAUGUAGAUCAGGACAGGCCAGCAGAUGAAGAUUACGACCUGGAUGAUUUGGAACAAGAACCAGGUGCAGAGAUCGAUGCUCCCUGCUUCCCCGCUAUAGACGCUGUGGGAGAAGCUGUGAGUGUCAGCUAUGAGGACCUGGUUAGGAGGAAUGUGGAGCUGUUUAUUGCCAACUCCCAGCAAUACGCCCAGGAGACCGCACUCUCACUUAGGGUCCGCGACUGGGAGGAGAAGAUAGUACCCAGAAUGCAGCAGCAGGAGCAGAGAGGCGGUUUUGACAUCCACGAUUACGGGGACAGAAUUAUGGCCGAGUUUGAUAGUGUUGGUCAGAGAAAAUGGUUCGGAAACAUUGUGGCUGGAAAGGAAGCGUUUGAGGUUUGCCGUUACAUGUUGGCCUCCCUACAGCUGGCCAAUGACUACACAGUGGACAUCUGGCAGGAGGACGGACUGUAUCAGGCUGUGGACACCAUGACGCUCACACUGCUGAGCAAACAGAGGGCACACGAUCGCUUCAAUACCUACAGAGCCACGACCGUCUCCAACAACUGAGCGCCGCCUGGCCCCCACCCACCUCAUCCCAGCCUCCCCCUCUACCACCACACACCCUCUACCCCCCACACACCCUCACACUCUCUCUUUCCCCCCCUUAUAUUUUGCUUAAACCUCAGGAACCUUUAUUCUAUCCUGACUUAUCAUUUUAAAGCCAUUUUCAUCCUCUUGGCAAAACACAAACUAUAUGGAACUUUUCUAUUUUGUAAAUUAAAAUCAUAGUAAAGUGUAA